AUGCAACAGCCUGCAAAUUCCAUCAACAGUAGACCCCAAGGUACCUUAUCAAGUGACACACAAGUCUAUCCCAAAAGUAAGGAACAUUGUAAUGCAAUUACCCUUAGGAGUGGAAAACAAGUUACAAGGGUGAGUGAAAAAUCAAUUGAAUCUUCAAAGGAGCAUGUAAAUGAUAACAAGGUAAUUGUUGAGAAAGAAGUUGAAGUGGAAAAGACAGAUAAUGGGCAAGUUAAAAAUCAAGUGAAGUCUCAAGCUAAUUAUCCUCCACCACCAUUCCCACAAAGGUUGCAAAAGCAAAAACUUGAUAAACAGUUUGAGAAAUUUCUCAAUGUCUUCAAGAAGCUCCACAUCAAUAUUCCUUUUGCUGAAGCUUUGGAAAACAUGCCAAACUAUGUUAAAUUCUUGAAAGACAUCUUAACCAAGAAGAGAAAACUGGAAGAUUUUGAAACAGUGGCACUUACUGAGGAGUGUAGCACAAUAAUUCAAAACAAGCUUCCACUAAAACUUAAGGAUCCAUGGAGUUUUUCUAUCCUUUGUACUAUUGUUUCUUUGCAAUUAGCAGAUAGAACAAUUACGUACCUUGUUGGGAUUAUUGAGGAUGUAUUGGUUAAAGUUGGGUCUCUCUACAUUUCGAUUGAUUUCAUUGUGCUUGAGAUGGAAGAGGAUGUGGAAAUUCCUUUAAUCUUGGGAUGA